AUGGAGGAGGUGAGAGCCUUCAUCCUGGUAUGGCUCGUCGCCGUUCCGGCGGCGCUCACUUACUGUUAUUCCCUCCUUUCUCUGCUCCGACCGGGGAAGUGGCGGCUCCUCGCCCUUCUCCCCGUGGUCGUCCUCUUCGCGCUCCUGCCUUUCUCCUUCUCCACCGUCCAUGUCAGGACGAUCUCCGCCUUCUUUUUCUCUUGGCUCGGCAUAUUCAAGCUCCUCCUCUUCGCCUUCGACCGCGGCCCACUAUGCGAUGCCGGCGCAGCCAAACGGCUCUCCCUCCCGUCCUUCUUCGCCAUCGCCUCGCUUCCCAUCAUGAUCAGACGAAAACCGCCGUCGUCCCCGCGCUCGGGGAGAGGGGACCCAGUGCUCACUCUCCUUGUUUUCGCCGCGAAGGGCCUCGCCCUGGCUUUCAUCGUCUCCCUCUACCCCCAGAGGCCCCGUUUCCACCGGCGGAUCGUCCUCGCGCUCUACACCAUUCAUAUCUACUUGUCGCUCGAUCUGGUGCUUUGCGCCUCCGCCGCCGUGGGCCGAGCGUUGCUGCCAGCGGGGACGGCGCUGGAAUCGCAGUUCGCGCCCCCAUAUCUAUCCUCAUCGCUGCAGGAUUUUUGGGGGGGACGGUGGAAUCUGAUGGUCUCCGGCAUCCUCCGGUCCGCCGUUCACGGCCCGAUCCGGGCCAGAUGGGGCCCCACGGCCGGCGUGAUGGCGUCGUUCCUGGUCUCCGGGUUGAUGCACGAGGUCAUGUUCUUCUACCUGACCCUCCAGCCGCCGACGGGGGAGGUCGGGUCCUUCUUCGUCCUCCACGGGUUCUGUACGGUCGCCGAAGUAGCGGCGAAGAGGUGGUGGACGAGGCGGGGAAUGACGCCGCCGCACCCCGCACUGGUGGCGCCGCUGACGAUCGGGUUCGUGGUGGCGACCACUUGGUGGUUGUUCCUGCCGCAGAUACUGAGGAGCACGGCGGAAGAGCAGAUAGUCAAGGAGGCACAGGCUGUGGCCUCGCUGUUCAUGGAAGCUGCGACACGUGCGCGGUGGUGA